AUGUUUGCGUGGGUUUUUAUGACGACCUCCGAGCGCACGAUUUGCUAUUCAAAUAUUCAAUAUUUACCGCAAACAUCGAGCAAGUCGGCAAAACAGAAGAAGGCUCAAGAUAAUGAAACCGCUGAAUGGGGCACGGAUUCGACGCAGGCCAUGUGCGAGGAAACUCGGGACUUUCCUCUCCAGCUCGACGACGGGAAGAAACGGACCAUGGGAGAUCUCUAUGAUGUUACACCCAAGGAAUUGAUCUCCAAGGUCGCGCUAGAGGAGAAGGUCUUCAAGACUUGGUACCAUGGGCGUGUUGCUCUGAUGGGUGAUGGUAUGUUCUGGCACAAUUUUCUCGGCGACCCUUUAGAUCCACUGCGUGUUUGA